AUGGAUGCCCGACUGCCAGUGAGUGAAGUGCACAAGCGACAACGCCGCGGACAGCAAGGGGGGGCCGUCAGCCAAGAACACCGGAAAGAGAUGCGCAGCAGGGCCGCGGAGGCGAGCAGAGCAGACCUCACCCCCCUCAGACGAGACACAAUACCUCCGGACGGCAAGCCCCAAAACACCCACACCACACUUCCGUGA